AUGCAUCCAAUUGCCAUUGAAAGACAGGUUCUAUGGGAUGAUAUCACCCACUGCUCAACAAUUUUUGCUGCUAGCCCUUGGUUGUUAAUGGGGGAUUUUAAUGUCAUUCCCAAUAUAGGAGAGAAGCAUGGUGGAUCUAUGAAAUGGAGCACUGCAAUGUCUGAUUUCAAGGACUGCCUCCAAAAUGCUGAAUUGGAGGACCUCAAGUUCUGUGGGAUUCUAUACUCUUGGUCAAACAAGAGUUUGGGAGAUGCAUGUAUAGCUAAGAAGCUUGCCAGGGCUCUGGUCAAUCAAAAAUGGACAUCCUCCUUUCCAAUUUCAGAAUGCAAUUUCCUCACCCCAGGUAUUUCUGACCACAGCCCUAUUUUGGUUACACUUGACAUUAACAAACCACAAAGGCGUACCCCCUUCAGGUUCUUUAAUGCUUGGUCAUCACACAAGCUUUUCUUAUCUUCAGUACAAGGGGUUUGGAGCACACACAUUAAAGGAACAACUAUGUUCCAAGUUGUUCAAAAGCUCAAACAAUUAAAAACUGUCCUAAGAACUACAUGUAGGAAAGAAUUUUCAGAGUUGGACUCCAAAAUUCAUGCAAUUCAGCUUGAGUUACAGUCCUGUCAAAUGGAUCUUGAUCUUUAUCCUAGUGAUUCUUCACUCAGAGAGCCGGAAUGA